GAGCUGCUUGGCUCACGCCGGCUAUAAAUCCAGACCACCGGCAGACCUUCCCAUUCAUCCAUCAGCAGAGACGACCACUUGGUCAGUACUCAUCAGUAGCCUUGGAGAGGGGAACUGAAAGCAACAGAGAGCAAGCAGCGAGCGAGCUUGCGGGAGCACGCAGCAGCGCAGCAAUGGCGACGCGUCGCCUCUCCUCUCCCUGCUGCCUUCUCCUCGCCGUGCUCCUGUUGGGGGCCAUGGCGGCGGCGGCCACCGCCUUCGACGAAGCUGCCGCGGCUGCCGGCGUCGGGCUGGGUCACGGCGCGCGUUUCGCCCGCAAGCCUGGACGUGCUGCCGCCGAGAAGCCGCUGCCGGAGCCUCAGCCUCUGCCACAACCCAAGCCUGAACCUAAACCAGAGCCCAAGCCUGAACCCAAACCAGAGCCGGAGCCCAAACCUGAACCCAAACCAGAGCCCGAACCAAAACCAUUGCCACAUCCCGAGCCAAAACCUGAGCCUCACCCUAAGCCCCUGCCCAAACCAAAACCCAAGCCAGAGCCUAAACCUGAACCAAAGCCAAAACCAGAACCUAAGCCGGAGCCAAAGCCCAUGCCCGAGCCAAAACCUGAACCGAAACCCUUGCCCGAGCCUAAGCCGGAGCCCAAACCUGAGCCAAAGCCAGAACCUGAGCCAAAGCCAAAGCCAGAACCCAAACCUGAGCCAAAGCCCGAACCAGAGCCAAAACCAGAACCCAAGCCCGAACCAAAACCGCCAAAGCCUGAGCCAAAACCGGAACCUAAGCCCGAACCGAAGCCUGAACCUGAGCCAAAGCCUGAACCUGAGCCAAAGCCCGAACCGAAGCCGGAACCUGAGCCAAAGCCCGAACCAAAGCCGGAGCCGAAACCUGAACCCAAACCCGAACCUGAGCCGAAGCCUGAGCCCAAACCAGAACCUAAGCCGGAACCUAAACCUGAGCCAAAGCCGGAACCAAAACCUGAGCCGGAACCGAAGCCUAAGCCCAAACCAGAACCAAAGCCAGAACCAAAGCCCGAACCUAAGCCUAAACCCGAUCCUAAGCCCGAGCCCAAACCGAAGCCAGACCCACCUCACAUCCCACCUGCAGCUGACAACUGAUGAAGUGGCCGCUAGCUAUUUUGUAUGACGUUGCAGAAGAGUAUGGUAGUAUCUGAAUAAAACUGGCUGGACCGGAGUUGCAGCAUCUAGAUUGGUGCUUUUGCUGCUGCUUGAUGUACCUAUUCUUUCUUUCCAUUUUAUUGAGCUGAGUACAUUAUCAGUGCAGCUUGAUUUGUUCUUUGUACAUGCGUGUGACUUGUUGCUACACAUUGUUUGUGUCAUGCUUGUUC